AUGGCGAGUGACACUGUGGUUGGAAAUGUCAGCGUGGCGGUUAAUCCCGAUCUGCAGAAAGAGCGUGAUACUGGGACAUUCGAUGUCCGGGAACUGAGUCAACUACUUCACGGAGGACCGGAAAAAUUAAUGCGGAAAAGGGAACUAGAACAUCUACUGUUCAGUGAUCCAGUGUUCCAGGAUGCAGAGAGGGCGUUCAAGUCGAAGGAAGAGAUUUAUGAACUGGCUGUUCAAAAAUCAGUCAAACUGUUUGAAUGGAAGCGGCGGUACCAGUGGACGGAGGAGGACUUUGAGACAGCUGUGGAUCUAGCGUGCCAUGACUUGGCUCUUAGCCUACAUCAUUCGAUGUUCAUCCCAGGGAUUGAACGACUAGCCACAGAUGAACAGAAGGCAGAAUGGCUUCCAUUAGCGCUCAACUUUAAAAUCAUAGGCACUUACGCACAGACAGAACUUGGCCAUGGAACCAACUUAUUAGCAUUGGAGACAACAGCGACCUUUGACCCCAAGGCUGAUGAGUUUGUGAUGAACACACCAAAGAUCACAUCGAUGAAAUGGUGGCCAGGAGGAUUAGGAAAAUCCAGCACUCAUGCAAUUGUUUUGGCUCAGCUUGUUCUUCGAGGAAAGAAUUAUGGGAUGCACCCGUUCAUUGUACAACUUCGAAGUUUAGAGGACCACACACCGAUGCCAGGUAUCACGGUGGGAGACAUAGGUCCCAAGCUGGCCCUACAGAACAUUGAUAAUGGCUUCCUAAUGAUGAACAAUGUUCGCAUUCCUCGGACCAACAUGCUGAUGAGAAAUGCCAAGGUGUCAAGAGAUGGCCAUUUCAGCACAUCAGGGUCAAGCAAGGCCAACUAUGCCACAAUGAUUCUGAUUCGUGUGAAAAUACUUUCAUGGGCGAGUAGUUUACUGGUGCAAGGAGCGACCACUUCUAUACGAUACAGUGCCGUGCGCAGACAGUCACAGCUUAAACCAGGUGGUGAGGAGAUGCAGAUCCUCAGCUACCAGUCCCAGCAAUACAAGCUGUUCCCCGCCCUGGCGGCGACCUUUGCUUUCCACUUUGUAACAAGAACCAUGACUGCUGUGUACGAGAAAGCUUAUGAAGAAAUCAUUGGUGGGAACAACCGCCUAUUGGCAGAGCUUCACAGUCAGUCGUCCUGCUUGAAAGCACUACUGUCGGAGGAGACGUGUGUGUUCUUGGAGACCCAACGCCGCUCUAUGGGAGGACAUGGCUACAUGCUGAUGGCCGGCGGUGGAGCAUACUUGUUGGCUGCCAAGACUCUGCCCACAGUGGAGGGAGAGAACACAGUGUUGUACCAGCAGACAGCUAGGUACCUGAUGAAGCAAGUGGCCAAUGCCCUGUCUGGUCAGCAGCUGCAGGGGUCAUCGUCCUAUCUGGCUGCUGACCCUGAGUAUGUGUGUCCCAUCCAGGAGGUCAACGACUGCAGGAACACUCGGAUACUACUGGACAUCUACAGGAACAGAGCUUAUGGGAUUGUGACCGGCACAGCCCGCAAGCUUCACGCAGACAUGACGAGCGGGAUGGAACAACAUGUAGCUUGGAACAACAACAUGAUCAGACUGGUCAGGGCAGGGAAGGUUCACAGCCAGUACUAUGCCGUUGAAUGUUUUGUGGAGGGAGUGGAGACUGCCAAUGUCAGACCUGAACUGAGGACUGUUCUCCACAAGCUGUGCUGUCUGUAUGCCCUGUAUGGCAUCUCAAGCAACAGCGGGGACUUCCUGGAGACAGAAUCUGUGACUGUUGCCCAGAUGGAGAUGCUGAGAAUGGUGGAGUAUCAGUUGCUGGCUGAGAUUAGACCUGAUGCUGUUUCCCUGGUGGAUGCAUUUGACAUGCACGACAUCACCCUCCAUUCUGCAUUGGGAUGUUACGAUGGCAACGUGUACGAGCGACUUUACCAGUCGGCCCUCAAGGAACCAAUGAACAGAACUCAGGUCCAUCCUGUCUACUACAAGCACCUCAGAGGGCUGCUGAAAGGAUCAACCCUGUCCAAGCUGUAGAGUCUCAGGCAGCCCCAGGUAUUCAUGACCAUCAUCCUGGAGUACUGGAUAGGUGUUCGAAGGACAAAUAUGUAGUUAUGGAUUUUUACCUUAUGUGUUCUGUGGGGAAGAACUUGACGACAGAACUAUAUGUGGUUAUUGAUCUUUACUUGUGUGUUCUGUGGGGAAGAACUUGACGACAGAGCAAUAUGAUGUUAUGGAUCUUUAACUAAUGUUUUCUACAGGGAAGAACUUGAUGAUAGAACAAUAUGUUGUUAUAGAUCUUUAACU